AUGAUGGCUUUAAUCGCCGAGGGACGCGACCAGCUGGAAGGCGAGCGGCUCGAAGAGGCCGUCGCCACAUACGACGAGGCGGAGCGGCUGCUGCGGCGGCUGCACCAGCGGCUGUUGCACGGGCGCGGCGUGGCCAAGUCGCUGCUACAGAUGCACGAGCCGGCUGUAGCAGACUUCGAGCAGGCCGGGAGCGCCAACCCCAGCAGCGCAGAGCUGCGCAAGGAGGCGAGUUUCCAGGCGACCCAAAAACAUCGCAUCACAAAGGGUGCUUCUCUGGCCUCUCCUCCCCCACAGGCAGUGAGGGCCAACCUGGACGAUGCAGAGCUGCGGAUGGAGGCAGUGAGCGCCAAUCCGGACGAUGCAGAGCUGUGGAUGGAGGUGGGGGCGGAGCGCGAGGUGCUGGGGCAGCAUGAGAGGGCGUUCGAGGCGUUCAGCCGCGCCCUGGAGCUGCUGCCCGGCGAUGCAGGGGCGCUCAAACGACGAGGGCUGAGCGCGUUCAACCUGUACCGCUUCAAGGACGCCCUCAAAGACCUCCUGCCUGCGCUGCACAUGCUGCCGAACGACGCCGACCUCAACCGAGCUGUGCACCGCUUCUCCCAGCCGCCUUCCCUACUGCCUUCCCGCUACACCCGUGGCUUUCCCCUCCUCCCCAGUCUCCUCCUCCUCCCCCUCUUUCUCCACUUUCUCCACUUUCACCACUUUCCCCUUUCCACACCAGGGAGUGGCAUUCGUAUGUUCCGGCCGGCACAGCCAUACCUGGCGCGGGCGGUGGAGCUGCUCCCGGGGGAUGCGGAUGUGCGCAAGGAGAAGGGGCGGCUGCACCGCCUGCUGGGGGAGACGGACCAGGCUGAGAGGGACUUCCUGCUCUCACUUCAGCUCGGACAUUCCUUCCACCCUCCAACUGCUCUCUAUGUUCUCCCUCUCCCUCUCCCUCUCCCUCUCCCUCUCCCUCUCCUCCCCCGCACCUUGUCUCGUCUCGACUUCUAUCCCAAAAACUCCUCUCCUUUCCUCCCCAGCUCCUUGUCUCGUCUCCCCAUUCCCUCGCCAGGGGAGGGAGUGAUUCGCAUGGCAGACGCGGGGCUCAAGGCGUUCCCAGGCGAGCUGGAGAUCAUGCACGCCAAGGCGUCCAGCCUGCACGUGCUGGGGCAGCAUGCUGCUGCUAUGCGGCUGUAUGACGAGCUGCUGUCGUCUCCCGCCAUCCGCGAGCAACGACUCAACAAUCAAUGUGCUCCCCUCCCUGGCCGCACCCCACCCCACCAGAUGCGCCUGUACGAUGAGCUGCUCUCCUCACCCGUCCAACCGAACGAGCAGACGACAUACCGCGAGAGGACAUUCUUCCAGCGCCACCUGCUGGCCUACACCAUCUCCCGCUUGGACCAGCCCUUCUCUGCGUUCCGCAUCGACGAUGACCUGGAUGAGGAGUGGCGGGGCAAGUGGGCCACGGGGGGGAAGCCAGAGGACCUGCAGGGCUUCGUGCCGCUGGCAAUUCCCGAGGACCAAUUGCAAGCUGCCACGUGGCAGCACCUGCCACGUCUUUCAAGGGCGGCAGUGCAGCUGGUGGAAGCGGCGGACGUGAUUGGUGCUCGCACGCACUACGACACCGAUGGCAUGCUGCUCAACACCCAACAGCUGCGCAUGGCAGGGCUGGCAGCCCUGGAUCUGCGCAUGGCAGGACUAGCAUCACUGGACGUGAUGCAGCAGGUGAGGCGCACGCUGCUACUCAUAGCGGAUCAGAUGCGCAUCGCCCCGCUGCUCUUCGGCACCCACGGCCCGGAUGGGGCAGAUGAGCACUGGCAGCAGCAGCUGCAGCAGGCGCUUCAGGAGAGGCAACGCGGGCAGCUGGAGCAACCGCUUCAGGAGAGGCAAGGCGGGCAGCGCACGGGCCGCAGCCGACAAAGCAGCAGCAGCGGUGGCAGCAGCGGUGGUGGCGGCAGCGGGGGUGGGCGGAGUAUUUUGGACCGGUCUGACCUGGUGACGAGCUGGAGGCACGUGUUCCGGGUGCUGGUGGCGUGGAGGCAGGUGUCAGACGCCAUGGAGCCCAUCGCAUGGAAGGCCUUCGCCAAGGGGCAGCGCUGGCCGACCGACAUGCUGUAUCGCACCGACACACCCAUCUUCACCUGGGUCAUGGGCACCGCUCGCUACCUCGCCGUCUAUCCCAAGGCAGUGAAUAUCACGAGAAAGGGCCUGCUGCAGGCAGAGAGGGCGUUUGACACCAACACCCACCAGCCCUUUGACGUGCCUCGCUCCACCUUCGGCGCCAAGGUGUGCUCUCAACUCAACGGCACCACCCUCUCACAUGCCUGCCGUGCCCCCAUGCCCCGUGUCAUUGCUGGAGGCAGCGGAGGAUCACGAGGGGCUCUUCAACGUGAUUGGUCGGGACUUUUACCAUGUUGGCAGUGGACUUUGACACUGCCAACAGUGGACCACAGUGGACUCGGCGCGGUGGAAUGCACAUCUCCUCUGCCCUCUCCCAUUCACAUCACACGCCCCCCCCCCGUUUCCCGGCCACACUCCCUCACCCCACUCGCCAACCCCCCCAGCCCGUUGGCAGUGGACUUUGACACAUUCACCACGGUGGACGCAACGCGGUGGAACGCGUUUGACUCGGAGCUCACAGCGGCGUGGCAGGGGUUCAUGGAGGCCGCACUGGACCACCGCACCAAGGCCACAUCACCACACACGUACUGCCAGCGCAUCCAGGAUCAUAUCAUCGCCAUCGCUUACUACUGGUGGGUUUUCCUGACACCCGCCCGCCCACAUGGGUAUCCUUUUGUGUUUUUAUUAGAAUUCUCAGAGACUGCCCAAAGGCAUAUCGCCAGCGCGUCCAGGAUCAGAUAA